AUGGAGGGGCAUGGCUACCCCCCCCCGCCCCCGUUCCUGUCCAUGUCCCUGUGGCUCUCAGGUACCUCUGAUCCUCUCUGUCCCAGCUGCCCUGGGAUGGUCUCAUCAUCCAUAAUAUCGAGGAUACAGGCGAAAAUGCAGAAGAAGAUGUUGCGAGAGUUCCUGGGAGAGUUGAUGAGCACAUAUAUCAUGAUGGUAUUUGGCCUUGGCUCCGUGGCUCAGAUGGUUCUAGGAGAGAAAAAAUUCGGGAGCUACCUCAGUGUCAACUUGGGGUUUGGCUUUGGAGUCACCAUGGGAGUGCACUUGGCAGGGGGCAUCUCUGGGGCCCACAUGAACUCGGCAGUGACCUUUGCCAACUGCGCACUAGGUCUCAUGUCCUGGAAGAAGUUUCCUAUCUAUGUUCUUGGUCAGUUCCUGGGCUCCUUCCUGGCUGCUGCCACCAUCUAUUGCCUCUUCCACGCAUCCAUCAACGAAUUCUCAAACGGACCUCUGGCAGUGACUGGUCCCACAGCCACCGCCGGCAUUUUCGCCACAUACCUUCCCAGUCACAUGACACUGUGGCAGGGCUUCUUGGAUGAGGUGUUCUUGACGGGGUUGCUCCAGCUGUGUCUCUUCGCCAUCACGGACAAGCAGAACAGCCCAGCACUGGAAGGGACACAGGGCCUGGCGGUUGGCCUCCUGGUUGUCCUCAUUGGAGUGUCUCUAGGCAUGAACUCAGGAUAUGCCAUCAACCCAUCCCGGGACUUGCCUCCCCGCUUUUUCACCUUCAUUGCUGGCUGGGGCAGUGAAGUCUUCAGAGACGGGGGGCACUGGUGGUGGGUGCCUGUGGUGGCACCACCCCUAGGUGCCUUAAUAGGUGGCAUCAUCUACCUGGUCUUCCUUGGCUCCAACACCCCACCAGAAGAGAGGACUCUGGAGUUGCCCAGUUUUUCUGAAGAGCACAAUGUGACCAAGAUGAAGUCUCACUCUUCCAAGACCUCUCCUCUCUCCACCAUCUCUGUGUCCUCUAAGAUCAGGGAAGCAAACCCCCAGGCCAGCUUCUCUCACUCCUAA